UGUUUUUUGCAUCUUUUAUUUUACAGGUAAAGAUGACAAAAGAUGAAAUACUUCGACUUACGAAGGAUGAUAUUAUUGAAAAAUGGAUGAAACAAGACAAGUACAUAGACAGUUUGGAAGCAAAGUUUUCUGACAAUAAUGAAAGUUUGGAACUAGUAAGUUUAAGAGAGUCUGAAGAAAAGCUGAAGCAGCAACAGAUAGAAGCCACGAGGAGAGAGAACAUUCUGGUAAUGAGGUUGACUACCAAAGAACAAGAGAUGCAGGAGUAUGCAAACCAAAUCCAAGAGCUAAAGCAAGCCCAGAUCCCUAGUAUGGCCCAGCUGAGAACAGCUUUACUUGAUCCAGCAGUCAACUUCAUGUUUGAGAAAAUGCGAAAAGAAGUGGACAGCACUAAAGCUCGACUGGAGGAGUGUCAGAAUGAACUGAGUGCUUGGAAAUUCACCCCUGACAGUAACACUGGAAAACGCCUGAUGGCCAAGUGUCGUCUGCUAUACCAGGAGAAUGAAGAACUUGGAAAAAUGAUAUCCUCUGGCCGGAUGGCUAAGCUUGAGGGAGACCUAGCUUUACAAAAAAAUUUCAGUGAAGAGAUGAAGAAGAGCCAGUCAGAACUGGAUGAAUUCUUGUUGGAAUUAGAUGAAGACGUGGAAGGAAUGCAAAGUACCAUAUACUAUUUACAGCAACAACUGAAAGAGUCCAAGGAACAGAUAGCCAAGCUUCAACAGGAGAAUCAAAAGCUUUGGCAACAUACAACAACUUCAGCUAACGCUAGUCGUAACCUCAGUUCUCCUAAUCAUAGAAUAGAACAAAGCAGCUUGUCUUCUGCUUACUUCAGCAAUGGAGAUGAGGGAAAGGUCACUGAAGAAGCUAGCAUUGACAAAGACAAUAUUGCUGCUUUAAAACAAUCAGUACUAGAGGAACGAAGCCAAGAAGUUGAAGAAAACCAAGAAAGCUCCCCUACAAAAGCACUUUCUAUAUUACAGUCAGAGAAAAUAUCCCUUCAGCCAUCCUCUGUUGUGACUUCCGUUACAGAAUCUCUGAAUGUCUUUAGAAAAGAUACCACAGGAGAAGAGGUAGCAUUACCGACAUCUGAACGUAACAGUAAAGAUGAUACAAGACAAAACCAUUCAUCAUUAGCACCAGGAUCUAGUACAGAGGAUGAAGAUACAAAUCAGGACUUGGUGAUGGAUUUACAGAAAGGUGAAAACUCCUCCAAUAUAACAGACCAACAUAGAGAAAGAGAAGUACAAAACAGAGUACAGGAAAUGGCAGUGAACUUUUCAAAAGCCUCAUAUAGGACAGAAGCAACUUCUGAGGUGGUGACUUAUAAAACAAGUCGUGAAGCUAGGAAAAGGGCACGUGAAAAUUCUCCUGUGGGAAGUAUGAUGAAAAAAGAUGAGAUUUUUGUUAAAAGACCCAGAGAAAGUUCUCCUUUAGGCAGUUGUAAUAAAGAAAAUAAUGAAUUCGCCCCUUUUAAAUGGGCACGAGAAAAACCUCCAUUGGGGAAUAAUAUUUUAGAGGACAGGGAUAAAAUUCCUGUUGAAUGGACGCAAGAGAAGUCCCCAGUGGGGAGUAGUGCAUCUGAUACUAAUAGCCAGCAAACUCUAGAGAGGACAGAAGAUAUAGCUUUAACUGUUAGUGAUGCUAAAAAUAUUACUAGUAUUUCUACAGAACGGACAAGACAAGAGACUCUUGAGGGGACUAGCAAAACUGGAAAGAAUCAGCUCAUAAAAGAAAGCCCACAAGAAGUGCUUUCUCUGGGAAGUUCCACAACUGAAAGUUACCACAAAGGUUCAUUUGAAAGGACACAAAAAGAGAUGAGUUUGGAAACUAAUAGUGAACAACUAGUUGAUUUAGAAUCUAAAAAAGGAACACAGGGGGAGUCCUCUGUGGAAAGCAGCAACACAGAUGAUAAUGACUUGAUCACUGUGAAUAGGACACAAACUGAGACUCCUUCAGCAACCAGCCACCCAGAACAUAAAGAUAAGGUCACUAGAAACCCAGAUGGAAGCUUAUGUGAAACAGGAAAUUCUUUGUCAACUAUCGAAGUUGACACUGACACUGAAGUUCAAGUUGCCCAGACUCUAGCCAGCUGGGCAGCUGCAAAUAAAGAACCACUGGAGAGGACAGAAGAAACUAGUUCCUCACCAGUUGGAAAUGGUGAUGUAAAUAGUGACUUUAGUAUUAGUGAUGAAGAGGUUCUGUAGGUUUUCAGGUCAGAGGGUAUUUGUUACCUGGUUUUUAUUCUAUCAGUCUUAAGCUAGCACCAAAUGGGUUCAAAUUAGUUUCAUCCUCAAUAGGACUGUUAUAAUAUUUGUAUAUAAUUCAUUAUUCAUAGAACUUGCUAAGUUGUUGGGCUAAAGUGCAGAAAGUAGUUUCUUUAUAUAUUGUUGAAAGAGUCAACAUUCCGAACAUUUAUUUUGUAGGCUGACUUGUGUUUUAAUCAAAGUGUAAGUGGUGUACUGAAUUUAGAAGAAGAAAAAAAUCACAUUUUAAUACAUGCUGCCUAAUUGUGCUUUUGUGUGUAUUGUAUUGAAAAAAAUGUUUUUCAUUCUGCAUGGGAAAUAAACUGUGUUGAAUCUGA